AUCUUCAUUACAACUCCAAAAUCUAUACAUUUCACAAAAAAGAAAAGUGCUAGGUUUUGCUGAUCGUGAACUCAAAGAAAAUGGCGGAUUACAUGCAACAUGGUGGGCAAAUGACGACCCAGCGUGACAGGCAGAUGUACGGAACGACUUACUCAGGGCAGCACCAACAGCCGUCGCAGUCCUACCAGAUGGUUAAGGCUGCAACUGCCAUAACCGCUGGUGGGUCCCUUUUAAUCCUAUCUGCAUUAACUUUAUCAGGAACCGUGAUCGCCCUGACAGUAGCGACACCAUUGCUGGUGAUUUUUAGCCCGGUUCUGGUGCCGGCAGCAAUUACUGUUGUGAUGUUGAUCACAGGGUUUUUAGCCUCAGGCGGGUUUGGAGUGGCAGCUGUGUCGGUUAUGGCUUGGCUUUACCGAUACAUGACGGGCCGACAUCCGGUUGGGGCGGACUCUUUGGAGCAAGCAAGGAUGAAGCUGGCUGGAAAGGCAAGGGAAGCUAGGGAGAAAGGAGAGCAUUAUGUUCAGCAGGCUACUGGAGGUACUCACCAGACUUAAGAUCAUCACUUGAUGUAAUGACACUUCAUCAGAAUUAAGGUGUUAUUAGUGGAGUAUAGGAUCAUGUUGUGGAGUUUGUAAUUGUGUACGUCUUUUUUUGAUUUUGGUAAUUAAUGUGUUUUUAAUCCGAUCCGUAUCUUUAAUUAAUUGCAUUUUAUAUUUGGACAAAAGAAGUUCUAAAUGAUAGUUCAUUAUGAAUGUUCAUGUUUUGGUUAAUAAAAAGCAUUGUGUUUUGGG